AUGGCGGCGGCUGCUGCUGGUUCGCCAGCGGGUCUCGGGGCGCCUCGCCCUCAAAGAGCGGCGGCGGCGGCGCCUCACCCUGCAAGAGCGACAGCGACUUCGAGGACCGAGGCCGCGCGCGGGGGCCGCCGAUCCCAUCUGGACCGGGCCGCGGGCCUUCGCCCGCCUCUGAAGAGCGCGCUGGCGGGCGGCCGCUCGCCGAAGCGGGACGCCAGCUCCGAGCCGGGCAGUCCGGGCAGCUCGGCGGUGCGCAGCAGCUCAGGCCAGGGGCGGCUGGACGGGUCGCCGUUCGGCGCCAUCAGCGCUUCCGACCUGGCCCUCGAGGUGGACGAGGCGACGCCGGCCGCGACGCCCGCCGCGGCCCACGCCGCGGCCCGCCCCUGGACAUGCGCGGAGGGCCUCCCCGCCGCCGCUGCGCGGGCGGAAUGCUGGCCGUGCCCGCUGCUGGUGAGGGGCCG